CGGAUGUUUAUGAGCAGGUUUGACAGGCGGGAACCUCCGGGAGCGGCCGACUGGUGAGGGGGGCGGAAGCUUCGGUGUCGGUGCAGGUGUCGGACGGGGUUUUCCUUCUAGGCUCUUCAGGCAAGCAGCUGAGUUUGGGGGCCAUUGCCAUGGACCCGCUCUCGGAGUUGCAGGAUGACCUGAACUUGGAGGACACCAACCAGUCCCUGAGCCAGCUCAAAUUGGCUUCCUUAGAUGAUAAGAACUGGCCAGCAGAUGAAGUGCCUGUUUUUCCCAAGUCAGAGGACACUAACCACUCCCCUGAGCCCGUCACUCACCUGCGCUGGGAUGAUCCAUACUACGAUAUUGCUAGGCACCAGAUUGUGGAAGUAGCAGGUGAUGACAAGUAUGGACGGAAAGUCAUUUUGUUCAGUGCCUGCCGGAUGCCGCCCAGCCAUCAACUUGACCAUGUGAAACUGCUGCAGUAUCUUAAGUUCACGCUGGACCAGUAUGUGGAGAGUGACUACACAUUGGUGUAUCUGCACCAUGGCCUCACCAGUGAGAACAAGCCGUCCCUGAGCUGGCUGCGGGAUGCCUACCGGGAAUUUGACCGCAAGUACAAGAAGAACAUCAAAGCGCUGUACAUCGUGCACCCAACAAUGUUCAUCAAGACUCUGCUGAUUCUCUUCAAGCCUCUGAUCAGUUUCAAGUUUGGACGGAAGAUUUUUUAUGCAAACUUCCUGGGUGAGCUGGAGGAGCAUGUGAAGCUGGAGCAGCUGGGGAUCCCAAGCCAGGUGCUAAAAUAUGACGAGUACCUGAAAUCACUGCAGAAACCCUCUCAAGUGCCUCAGAAGCCGACCCCCCCACGCCCACCCCUGCCAAACCAGCAGUUUGGGGUCUCUCUGCAGCACCUAAGGGAGAAGAGCUCUGAUCAGGCCCCCAUCCCGCUAGUGGUCAGGGAAACCAUUGCCUAUCUGCGGGAGCAUGCUCUGACCAAAGAGGGGAUUUUCCGGAGAUCAGCUUCCACACAGAUGGUCAAAGAGGUCCAACAAAAAUACAACAUGGGGAUACAGGUGGAUUUCCAGCAAUACAAUGACAUUCACCUCGCUGCCGUGAUCCUCAAGACAUUCCUGCGGGAGCUGCCAGAGCCCCUGCUCACCUUUAGCCUCUACAACCACGUCGUCAACUUCCAGAAUGUGGAGGAGUCGAAUCGCGUGGAUGUUGUUCGUAAAACCCUCCAGACCCUGCCCGAGGAAAACUAUCAAGUGCUCCGUUUCCUGAUGGCCUACCUGGCAGAGGUCUCCACUUACAGUGACGUAAACAAGAUGACGAACACCAACCUGGCCGUGGUUUUCGGCCCAAAUCUGCUGUGGGAUAAAGAUGUAGCCAUCACCCUCAAGGCCAUCAACCCCAUCAACACCUUUACCAAGUUCCUGCUGGACUACCAGGGGGAGGUGUUCCAGGACGUGGAGGCCUGAGCCGGGGCCCGUCCACACUAGCACACUGUGCCCACCUUCCCUCUCCCUCUUCCUAUCUUGUUGAAGCCAUGGCCAGGAGCCUGCAGCACAGAGGGUCCAUUGGAGCUGCUGAGCUGAAUGAGGGCUGUGAGAGUGAGUGAGCAGGCAACCAUUUGCCAGAGGUUGGGGAGGGGAGCUGGUCUCCCAAUUCCUGGGAGUGGAGUCUUGUCCCCAUGGCCAUUCUGUGCAGCUCAUCCCUGGCCAUGCUGCUCUACUGGGGGCCAUUCCCUCCUUCCUUCCCCUCACAGGUUUCUUUCUGCCCUCCUCUCCUCCCCCCAGCAGCCCCUCUUCUGUGCAACUCCCCAAGAUCACAGCUCAUUCCUCCUGCCUGCAUCACCUGGGCAGGACUUGGCUCGAGUUGUGUGACAGGAGGCUCCCUGUGCCAGCCCCUCCUCUCAGGAGCUGAGUGCAGUGUCCUGGCUCCCUGCCCCUACCCAGAGCAGAUCAGGUAAGCCUUGUGCUUCAGGUGAGGACAGCACCAGCUGCUCCUGGGCUAACACCAAUCCUGCCCUGGGCUCACAGCAGGUGUGUGAAGGAGAAACUAACUCUCCGGGGGCUGGGCCAUUGGGCCCUGCCAGAGACUCUGUGAGGGGAGUUGGCUUAGCCCCACCCCUUGCUGACACUACUACCCCGGGGAGCUAUGCCUCUCCAAUGGGCGCUAGCACACACUGCAGGUUCUGUUCACCUUCACUAACAGGGCUGUGGUGGGCAUGACUACUCAGAUCUGGCUCUAAUGGUCCCCUUGACUUUGUCCCCGGCUCUUGGUGGGAGGGUUUCACUCCAGACACGGCCUCAGUGGGCAUGCGCUGCCUGGGGAUGUGGGGUCCCCUUUGUAAUGCUCUGUGAUCAGUGAGCUUGUUGGAAUCAUGCCAGGGACAAGUGCCCUGGUGGCACUUGACUCCCCACUGCCAAACACCACAAUUGACACUUCCCUUCCUUAUGGCUGCAGCACAGGAACACUCCUGGGUCCCUUGUUUGUCUGCUGGCCAGCCCCUGAUUCCAGCUGAUGAGUGGAA